CUUGUGCUUCUCGCUCUGUGAUUGGCUGCCUGGAUCAGCCCGGCCAAUGGUGUGCGUCUUGCCGCGUGACAUCACGCUUUGCCGCGAAAAGCGAAUUCUUGUGCUGUUGGCGGCUGGAGCCUCGCGCGAGCGUUGCUGGGCAGCGAAGGCGGUCAAGAAGUCCAGCAAAAUUUGAAAUAUAACAAGUUAUUAUUUAUGGAAAGAGUCGAAACAGAACAGCGGCUUCGUGUUGAGCGUUGAGACGAGCUCAUGCCGAGCUUUGCUGGCGGCUCGAACGCGAUAUUUGCCGUGUUGUCUUCGUUGAGCUAACGUUAGCCUGUUAGCUUGCGGUCUAGCCGGUUUUGGCGGCGACUGGUUUCACCGCGGAGGCUGUAAGAAGAUGAUGGAGUGACCGGACCUCUGUUCGGCCAGGGAGCCGCCGCUGAGACGGAUUUUAAGCGUCGGUUGGUUCUUGAAGGGACGUCUCGUGUUUUUAAACCACGUUCCGUGACUUUCUCUCGACUCCGGCGGCGACGGGAGCAGGCAGCUCGGCGGAGUGACGUCAGGUGGUCUCUAACGGCAAGGCGGAUAAAAUGGGGAUUCAAGGACUUUUACAGUUCAUUAAAGACGCAGCAGAGCCCGUCCAUGUGAAGCACUACAGGGGACAGACCGUGGCAGUGGACACUUACUGCUGGCUGCACAAAGGAGCGUUUUCUUGUGCCGAGAAGCUGGCCAAAGGGGAGCCAACUGACCAAUACGUGUCCUACUGUAUGAAGUUUGCGGACAUGCUCCUGUCUUUUGGCGUCAGGCCCAUCUUGGUGUUUGAUGGACGAAACCUUCCUUCAAAGCGGGAAGUGGAGAAGGCACGACGAGAACGGCGCGAGGCUAAUCUGCAGAAAGGGAAACAGCUGCUGCGGGAGGGGAAGCUGGCUGAGGCCAGAGACUGCUUCACUCGCUGUGUUAAUGUCACUCCCUCCAUGGCACAUGAAGUCAUUAAGGCUGCCAGGACGCGAGGCGUGGACUGUGUGGUGGCCCCAUACGAAGCAGAUGCUCAGCUGGCCUUCCUCAAUAAAAGUGGAAUCGCUCAGGCCGUCAUCACUGAGGACUCUGACCUGCUGGCGUUUGGCUGCAAAAAGGUGAUAUUGAAGAUGGACAAGCAAGGGAAUGGCUUGGAGAUUGACCAGUGCCAUCUGGGCCGCUGCCGGUCACUGGGUGACGUCUUCACAGAGGAGAAGUUCCGGUACAUGUGCAUCCUGUCCGGCUGUGACUACCUGGCCUCGCUGUAUGGCAUCGGCCUGGGCAAGGCCUGCAAGCUGCUGAGAAUGGCCAACAACCCAGAUAUACUCAAGGUGAUCAAGAAGAUUGGCCAGUAUCUGAAGAUGAGCAUCACCGUGCCUGAUGAGUACAUUGAGGGCUUUGUGAAGGCCAACAACACGUUCCUGUAUCAGCUCGUAUUUGACCCCAUCAAUAGGAAAGUGGUGCCCCUGAACCCAUACCCCGAGCACAUCGACCCAGCCACCCUCAGCUACGCAGGCGUAAAUGUAGGGGACAAGCAAGGCUUACAAAUGGCUCUUGGAAACCUGGAUAUUAACACUAUGGAGAGGAUUGAUGAUUUUGACCCUGAUGCCCCUCCAGCACAGCCUGUCAAAGCCCCUCGCAGUCGAGGUUGGAACGACAGUUGUGCUGUUCAGAGCCCAGCUCAUAGCAGCAUCUGGAGAAGGGGUUAUGUGCCAGGUUCCUCCCAGCCUCAGACCUCAUCCUCCUCUCAUAGACCAUCUCCCACCAGGGGGAAGGAGAGACUCAUCACCUUCCAGGCUCUGAAACUCCCCAGUAAAGAGCCGCAGGUCAAGAGACCCCGCGAAGACCCAGGUAUCUCGGAGGAAGACAUGUUGGAGCUGUACUCAACCGGCCCAAAGAGACACCGCAAAGAAACACCUCCCCAUCUAACUCCAGCCACCAUGGAAGUAGAGCGCAGCACUUCCCAGGAGACCAGAUGUGGCAUGGCGGCCAACCGACCUCGACCUCGUAACUGUUUUGCCACGCUACUGCAGUGGAGGAACCAAUCAGAAGAAAAUGACGGAGAGCAGGAAACACGGAGCAGAUUUUUUGCUGGCAGGGACCUCUCCAAAGCCGAGAGUCCGGAGCAAAAGUCCUCUGUGAAGGAGGAGUCGUCCAGUUCUCCAAAAUUAGACCACAGGUCUUCCCUAGCCGGAGCCUCCCUCACAGAGAGCGUGACUGCAGACGGCUGUGCUGAGCUCUCCAGUUCACCGCCCACCCUCUCUUCUCCACUUCGCUGUGCCAGCGUGAACCUCAGUGCAUUUAAGUGGUCCAGCAACUCUACAGAACGUUCCAGAACUGGGCCAGCGCCAUCAUCCGCCACUACAGGCCGGGCUAAGACGCCCAGUGCUCCCUCCGGUCUUUUAGCCCUCUGCCAGUUCCAGAGGAAAAAGGAUAGUAUCUCUUGGGGAGAAUCACCUCAGCGCUCUUGCCCCUCCUCUCCUGUAGAGGGCACCAUUGAUGUAGAAACACCUCCUGGUUCUCCUCCUUCUCAAGACAGUGCAUACUUCUCUCAGCCCAGCAGCGGCCCCUCUAGCUUGGAGGAUUCACCAUCCAGCCAUCAGGUCAUCGAAGACUCACCUGAAAAGGUCAAAGACCCCUGGAAAGAUUCUGAUUCUUCAGUGACUCCCAGCGAUUCCCCUUUGACAGAGGAGGUAAAAUCUCCACCCAUGAGGACAAGGGUGUCAGGUCUGCCCCGCAUGCGGCCCACUGAGCAAGAUAAAGGUGUUAAGAUAAGAUCCUCUGCUCCGGCCAGGGUGAGCGGAUUGAGAAAGAGGCCUGGCACACUCGGGAAGGUAGCUGUUACAAAUGAGAACAACCCGGGACUGCAGUCCACCAUCAGUGGCCUCUGGAAGAACUUUGGAUUCAAGAAGGAGAACUCCAAGUUACACCCGUGUAAAAAAGGAGAGCCCAUGUCACCAGUGAAGGGCAAUGUGCUGACCAACAGCCCUUGAUCGGAUGAGAACCUCUACCUCGUGAUGAGAAGAACUCCACAGUCAAAUCGAGCCAUGGCCACAUAUUGACUGUAAGACAUUAGUUACACAGUUAAAGACUCCAAAGGUAAAGAUGAUCCUGGCGUCACUGUCCAUUUCGGCUCGAUUCAUUGCUGCCAAUGAAUUGCCACUGACUACAUGCCUGCUGUAAAACCACCUCUUUAAACAUACCAUGUAUGUUUAUCUUGAAUCAGCUUGUGAAUCUCUGUUUUUAUUUUAGUAAAUAAAAAGACUAGUAAGGAA